AUGUCCACAGGCACGGAGAUGUACUCUCGCGAAUGCGAAGUUUGUCGUUGCGAUACCAUCACCACCGACCGAUCUGUCAUUAACCCAGUUCAUCGCAAAGGGAACGACCUCGAAGGAGAAUUGAGGCCCGCUCUACAACAGUCUGCCGAAUCUGGAUGCAGAACGUGUUUGAGCUUCUGGCAGCCGAUUUCUAAGUACUACCAUCAACAAUUGACUCCCUAUACGGCUGUUAAAAUAGACACACACUCCAAAAGAGUUUUCGUGGAACGAGACACGAGAAACGAACCUGAUUGCACUUAUGAAUAUGCUGUGACCACAUCAAGAAGCCCCACCGCCAUCCAAACUAUAAACCUGAAAGGAGGAUCUAUCGACUUUUGGGAACUUAUUGUUUCCGAACACAAAAGCUCAUCCACCAUUCAAAAAGUAACAACUCAGCCCUUGACGGAGGAAAAUGAUGAAGUGCUGCCGGACCGCUUAUCCUCUUGUAGGGAAGCCGAUUGCCCAUGGUGUGAACAUUACGGUCGCGGGCAUCGUCAUACGAGCGGCCACACUGGAAGCCCGCAGGCUCUGGAAACUAUCCGGUCAUGGCUGUCUGGGUGCAUAGAAAACCACCCAAAAUGUGGUGGAGAUCAGCAGUCUUUGCUUCCAACAAGGAUCGUGGAGAUCUUGGAUCAUGAUUCUGCCAAGUCUCGACUACUUAUCCCAGAUGAAAGCAGAAUAGACAGAUAUGCAUGCCUUAGCCAUCGAUGGUGUGCAGACACUGAAGGAGUUUCUUUGAAGAGGCAAGAUUUGGAGGCGUUUCAGCAGAGCAUUCCACAGGAACGUCUCUAUCCAUUAUUGCGAGAUGCGAUAAUUGCAGCGGGCAGGCUAGGGUUGAAGUACAUAUGGAUCGAUUGCAUGGCCAUGAAAAUGGCAUCAGUUUACGAAAAUGCGCACAUUACCCUUGCUGGAGAAUCUUUUAAAGAUGGCCAAGGCCUAUUCCACGAAAGUACUACUUAUACAUCUCUGGAAGUUGCCGGUCUUCACGACACGACCGAUCCUCCUAUAAUAGAGAUGCGGCGCAACCUCUCCAGUCGGCUUCAUUGCCCCUUGUUCAAACGUGGGUGGGUGUUUCAAGAAAGUCAGUUGUCCAAACGGUUCGUCUACUUUGCCCCUAAUGAAGUUAUAUGGGAUUGCUUUUCUGCUUCUCAAUGCGAAUGCGGCGAUCACGGGUGUGAACUCAAGAAACCUCUAAAGUUUAUAUCUCCCAUGGAAAAAACCAAUGAAUCCAACGGCCGGACUGUACCAUGGUGCGGUCAUGAAGGAAUCGUUGAAAGAUUCACAGCCAAGAAUCUUACAAAGUUGGAGGAUCGACUCCCUGCGCUGGCUGGUCUAGCAAGUCGUUACCGGCUUCACAACGGUAAUCUGACAUAUGCUGCUGGUCUCUGGCUGGAGAAUAUAGCAAAUUUCGAUCUUUUCUGGACGGCUACUUGUACUGAACCUGCUCCAAGACCUGAGCGACUCUUUUCACCGACUUGGUCAUGGGCUUCGGUUAGUACACCGGUUCAUUUCAGAAUGUCUACCAGCUUCGAGGAUAGUGGCAUCACUAUCCAUGGAUGCGAAAUCGUUCCAGUUGAAGGGGGUAAUGAGUAUGGGCGACUUCAGAAAGCUCACCUGCGAGUAUCAGGCUGUUUGGCUCGCGGCAAGCUUAUAGAUUACGAAAAGCGUCGUUUGGCGUUUACGAAUUCCGUGGGUAUAGCCAAUAUGGAUCACAUCAACAAGAUCAUACCAUUUGCAGCUGACUAUGACUUGCGUGCCGAGUCAGCGCAUCAGGUUUCUAUCCCCUCUGAAGUUUUCUUUCUAAUGGGAUAUGUCACGGAUCUCAGUUGUCUACCUGGCGUCAAUCGUGAUCUUGUCCAUCCGGGAGGCAUAGUAUUACGCUGUGUUGACUCAGAGGCAGGUCACUUUGAGAAGAUUGGAUUGUUUGAUGCAUUUACGCUGUCUUGUGACGAAGACAAAGACCUUGUGUUUAGACUUGGGCGAAUAUAUAAUGAAAUUUUCAGAGGGGCACCAGACCGGGAGAUUACCAUCAUUUGA